UAACAACACUACAGAAAGCAGCUACACGUGCGGUUUGUGAUUCUGUAUGAAAAUACUUGCAUUAAAUAAGUUAUUAUAGCUAAAAACAAAUAGAAUUUAAGAGUGCUGGCAGUUGAUUCUGCUGCUAAAGGGCUGCACAAUUGGGACAGCCAUGAAUUUCGACGAUGAAGACAGACUAGAGCUGCAGCAUUUGGCUGGCGGUAACAUUGUUCAACAUGCGCCUGUUUUCUCCGAGCAGGGCAGAUUCAUCUUUGUGCGUUGCGGCCUCAAGGUGCAGGUGUUUGUUACCAGCACAGGAGAGUUGACACGUGAGCUCAACGAUGCAACGUCGCCAUUGAUCAGCUUGGAGCUGGAUGUUAAGCAGCCGGAGCUGCUCUUGGGCUGCACCAUCAAAGGACAACUCCUUCGCUGGCAUUGGCGCACGGGAGUCCUGCAGAAGAGUGUCGACAUAAAGCUGGGCAUUGAAAAUCAACAAAUACUGACAUGCAAUCUGUUGAAUCUAUACAAAGGAGGCGACACCGCGUGCGCCUUUGUGACGGUCAAGCGGAAGAGCGGGGAACAGCUCAGUUGGUUCGUGGUCAACACAACUACUGGCACUCCAAUCGACAUCAAUUGUGGCCUGAAAUUGAAGAUUCGCACACCUUUGGUGGACGUCAGCAAAGGCGUCUUUAAAUUUAUCAUAUUAGCACAAGGAUACUACGUUUACUUUCUCAACUAUGAGACUUGGAAGUUUUGGCGUUUUAAGAACGUAAAAAAAGCAAUGAUCACGUCUUUGCGUAUGAAUCCCAACGAAGAAAUGGCAGCCACUGGGGAUGAAAAUGGACGUGUUGUCGUCUGGCGUCAGUUUGAUCAACAUUCGACCGUAUUGUGUACGGAAUAUCAUUGGCAUGCCACGACCGUAACGAGCCUUGCCUUUUCACCAACUGGAAUAAGUUUCUAUAGUGCUGGCCUUGAAGCUGUGCUCGUCAAAUGGUCGCUGGCAAAUGAAAAGGAGCGAAAUUUUCUGCCACGCAUGUCUGCCAUUAUCAGGCACAUUGUGAUCAGUGAUGGGAAUGAGCAUGUGCUUGUCUGCACCGAUGACAAUGCCCUGCAGUUUGUUCGACCCAGCGAUAUGAGGCUUCAAUCGUCGCUGCAACAUUUCACCUAUGCACUGCAGGACAAAACAGGAAGAAGCAUGUUUCCACUUGGACUGUGCCUCAAUCCACGCACAAAUUCAAUGGUGCUCAAUGGACGCGUUGGACAAUUGCAGUUCUACUCGGCCUACACCAAGAGUUUGCUCUAUAAUCUGCGUGUGGUGGAUUCUAAUGUGAAUUCUCAUGAACAUGAGAGCAUCAUUUACAAUACGUGUGUCACGCGUGCCGCAUUCAACAUUAACUGGAUGGCCACCGGGGAGGAGUACAAUGAUCAGCUUAACUUUCCAGAGUUGCGACUCAAGUUUUGGCAAUAUCAUGAGAAAUUACAAACCUACCAGCUUAACACCAACAUUGAGCUGCCACACGAGCAUGGCUUCCAGGCCAUCAUCUUCUCGAAUCAAUUUCAGGUGAACAACUUACGCUGUGCCAGCGCUGGAAAGGAUAAUGUGAUCAAACUGUGGACUCUUGGAGAUUCGGAGAACAUUUACAAACGUGGCAUCAUGUGGAAUUGUGUGGCACAAACGAGUUACAAGCAACAGUCUCUGGAGUCCAUGUGUUUCUCCCAAGAUGGUUCAAUUCUGGCCGCAGGUUAUGGUCAUACUUUGGUGUUAUUUGAUGCACGAUCGCUGCGAUUGUUGCACGCAUUGAGCACCUCUGCUGGCUAUGAUGGUGUCGUGUCUAAGGCCCAACUGCGUCUGUCUCAAACUCCCGUCAACGGCACACGCUCGGAGCUCACACAGCAGCGUCAACAGCUUUGGAAUCUGCUGCAAACGCUGCUCAACAGCAACGAUCAAAAAUUGAUUCAAGAGGCGCGAAAAUUAAUGGCGAGUGCGCCGAGUGGAGAGUGCAAGGUCAGCGAAGAGCAGGCACCUAAGGAGACAGUCAAGGAAGCCGUCUAUAAGCACAUCAUGCAAAUGUCCGAACUUGGACUCCAUCAAAAGCUGCAAUUGCUGCGACGCUUUGGCAUUGAGUGCAACGUCCAUGCCAGCUGUCAAAUACGUCUCAAGUCGCAUCUACAAAGCUGUGUCGUGGAUCCUCUGGCAGCACAAAAGCGUCUCAAGGCGCUCCAGGCACGAUUGCAUCGCCUUCAGCCGUGUCAACGCUUUAAGGCGAAACUACGCCUGGUACGGUUGAAAAACCGCCGGUGGCACUACGAAAAGUUGGUGAGACAGGAGCUAUUGCCACUUUUCAGCGUGCUACAAUUAGAUGAGACCACAAAGCCGGCAACGACUCCGGCUAUCAAGCGCAAACAUUGGGAAUCAAAGCCGGCUAAACCUUUGGGAAAAGCGACUCCACUUCAAAGUUCUGCGCAGAUUUCACAUGUGCAAUUUGGAGCUGGCGCGCAGGCGCAUCUUGUGGCAAUUUGCACAGAAACGCGUGUGCUCAUCUGGAAUCUGAUGACGCUGCGUCUUCAGGCGGGCCUCAAGCUAUCCGUGCGUCAGUUGGCCUUUGAUCCACUUACCAAUCUUAUAGCUGCCGUCACACGCAAUGAUGAAUUGCACGUCUUCCAACCAAAUGUGCCACUGCCCGUCUAUCAACGCAGCAACUUGCCCAAGUUGCAUGGUCUUGUGUGGCUGCCACGUCGUCAGCCCAAACAGAGCUCCAUAAAUGUAGACUGGCAGGCGCAGUCUACACUCCACAUGCUUACCCACGACAAGGAGAUUGUAUAUUUGGCAAUGCCUGGUCAAAGCUUAACAGAUGAUGCCCCAGCUCCUAUAUCCUUUGCCCAGCAACCAGCCGGGGAUCAGCUGCUGCAAUAUGCCACCUUUGGCACCUUUGUGGCCAGACAAAAGACGGACGCGAUUACAGAGUUUGCACAGAAAAGCGGUCCAUUAAUUGUGGGACGUGGUGUGCACAGUGCAGUAAAUGCGCUUGUCAAUUUGUCCGCCCACACGAUGCCUGCGAUGAGCCUGAUCUGCGGCGAAUUCAUAAAAUCGCUCUUAACGCCUUCAGAGAGCGGAGCGCAGCAAAAUGGCGAUGCCGAAGAGACGCUCAGCAACGGUAAAUUAAAUGGCAAUGGGUACACUGGCAGCGACUUGGAUGAUCACGAGGCUGAGGAGGAGGCGGAAGACUACGAAGAAUCCACCACGGAGGUGAGAAAAAUAUUACUGGAGAAAAAUUCAGCACUGGAGAAGAUCAAUAUUAAAGAAGAAGAGCAACUGACGCUGGAUGCGAGAUUACAACGGGCUGCAAAGUUCACCGUAUAUCUGGACUUUUAAUGGUAGAAUUAUUUGACACACACCGUUCAGACAGUUCAGCGAACUUAAUUAUAUAAUUUAGUUGUUGUAACAAAUAUUAUUGAUUUUUUGUAUAAAAAUGCGACCCACAAUGAGUAACCGUUGUAUUAAAUAUAUAAACAAAAUGCAGUUAUUUUAAAAAAAAAGAUAUGCUUGA